CUCGACAGCGUCCUCAUCUUCGACCCACCCUCAAACUACACCGUCCCGCGUACCCUCUACGCCCGCACCCUCCAACUCAAAGAAACCGGCACCCUCCUCGCCACCUGGGAAAACUACGGCCCCAACAACAACACCUUCCCCUACUUCCCCAUCUACGAGUCCACCAACGGCGGGCAGACCUGGCGCGAGCGGACGAAAGUCUACGAUCAGGUGAAUGGGUGGGGACUGCGGUAUCAGCCUUUUCUGUAUGAAUUGGAAGAACCCAUUGGGGAGUUUGAGAAGGGCAUGAUUUUGCUCGCGGGGAGUAGUAUCCCCGAUGAUCUGUCCGAGACGCAGUUGGAGCUGUAUGCGUCUACCGACGGGGGGUAUGAGUUUACGUUCGUCUCGCAUGUCGCUCGGGGCGGCGUCGCUCUGCCCAAAAACGGCGAAACCCCCGUCUGGGAACCCUUCCUCCUAACCUACAACCACGAACUCAUCUACUACUACUCCGACCAACGCGACCCGGCCCACGGCCAAAAACUCGUGCACCAGCGCUCCACCGACCUCCGCACCUGGGGCCCCGUCGUCGACGACGUCGCCUACCCGACCUACGACUGGCGCCCGGGCAUGACGACCAUCUCCCUCCUGCCGAACGGCUCCUACUUCCUGACCUACGAAUUCUACGGCGCGGUCGAGGAGGCCUUCGCGGUGUAUUAUCGCUUGAGCGAGGAUCCGACGAGGUUCGAUGAGGCGGGGUAUGGUGCUUUGAUCAGGGCCGGGGAUGGGAGUUUUCCGGUCGGGAGUCCGUAUAAUGUGUGGACGCCUGCUGGGGAGGGGGAGAAUGGGACGAUUGUGGUUAGUUGUGGGGGGGAUGGGGGGGUUUGGGUUAGUGGGGAUUUGGCGGAGUCGUGGACGAGGGUGGAGACGAGGGAGAAGACGAGUUAUACGAGGAGUUUGCUUGUUGAGGCGGAUGAGAAGACGGUUUUGAUUGUCGGGGCGGGGGUGUUGAAUGGGGAGGACAAUAAUGUCACGGCUAGCACGAUUGAUGUU